AUGGGCAGGGGCCUGUGCACCGUCAACCUGGGUCAGAAGGGGCUGACCCCCACCUUCCUGGACGGCUUCCGGACCGCCCUCACCGCCAACGGACUGGUCAAGGUCAAGGUGGGCUCAUGUGACGACAGCCCUGACGAGGUGGCAGAGGUGCUGGCUGCGGCGGGCGACUGCGUGCUGGUGCAGAAGAUCGGCUUCACCCUCACCUUCUACCGAGACAAGGGCCUGCCGCCGCCGCCUCCCCUCAAGCCGGCGGCCGCCGCCAAGCCGCGCGCGGCCAAGGCUGGCGCGGCCAAACCCGCAGCCUCGGCAGCGCCGCCUGCGACAGCUGGCCCGGAGGGAGAGGAGGCAGGGGCCGAGGAGGCGGGUCGGGGCGGCGAGCGUGCUGAGGUGGCGCCAGUGGAUGCUGACGAGGUGGAUGCUGAGCUGGCGGUGUACCUGCUGGAGAACGAGGAUGCCUUCAGCGACUCGGACAGCGAGGGGGAGGAGGAGGAGGAGGAGGUUGACUAUGGGCGGCCCAACAGCAGCCGCAGGCAGGCGGCGGCGGCCAGGGCGGCCCGGGAGAAGCGGCCGCCGCCGCCGCCCGAGUUCACCGUCAUCGGGUGA